UCUUUAGACGUCGCCAGUGACUCUGUUCUAACAGUUAGCUGUUCGGACAUUUAGGGGAAGUUCAUUCCACCACCUAGGUGCCAGAACAAAGAAGAGUCUUGAUAUGUGUAUUCCUUGUACCCUGAGAGAUGGUGGCACCAGUUGAGCGGUGCUAGAGGUUCUGCGGGAGCAUGGUGCAGUGCGGGGUGUGAUGAGUAUUUUGAGGUAAGUUGGUGCUGGUCCAUUUUUGGCUUUGUAGGUAAGCAUCAGAGUUUUAAAUCUGAUGCGGGCAGCUACGGGAAGCCAGUGUAGGGAGCCUAGUAAUAGGGUGAUGUGGGAGAACUUAGGAAGGUUGAAAACCUGUCGUGCAGCUGCAUUCUGGAUCAGUUGUAGAGGUGAAUUGCGCUCAGAGGAAGACCUGUCAGGGGUGAGUUGCAGUAGUCCAGUCUCGAAAUGACAAGAGACUGAACCAGCACCUGAAUGGCCUGUAUGGAUAGAAGUGGACGAAUCCUUUUGAUGUUGUGAAGGAGAAAUCGACAUGAGCGUGUCAGAUUAGCAAUGUGAGAGGAAAAGGACAGUUGAUUGUCUAUGGUUACCCCAAGGGUGCGUGCAGUAACUGAAGGUUAUGAACAUAAAUCAAAUACUUAUGAGCAUAGAUAAUAAUUGAGCUUCACUUGACACAUUGCAGCAUGGUUUAAAGUUUUAUUGUACUCUUUCGUUUUUCUGUGUUUAUUGUGAUGUAGCGUGGGAGAGUGCUCCUCAUUCAUGCCGUAUGGAGCCAUUGACCCACACUGGAGGAUUGUUUGAUCUGCAUUGAGUUUGGGGCUCAGUCUGACCCUUUUUGACUUUCACAGAUUCCCCUUCAGUGUGGUCAUCCCCCUCAUCUCCAUUCAGUGGCUUUUUCUUUUUGUUUUUUUCCUUCUUUUUUUUGGGAAACGGUAGAGAGCAUGACUGGAAUAGAUUGUUUGUUGUUGAGGCCACACAAAAGUGAGGCAUUCUCAUUCACCACCAUAGCCACGGUUUCCCUCUGCUUUUCAGAUGUGCAUGACUGCAGUGUUUCCAUAGAAAUGUGGAACCAAUGACGAGUUCAUCGACCACAAAUCAGAACACAAAUAGCAUCACAAACGUUAGCCUAAGUCAAAUGGAGGAAAUGCAGUUAAAGUUAAAGAGUUACUUGGCAAAUGGUGUGCACUUAUAUAGCGCUUUUUUAACCUUAGUGAUUCCAAAGCGCUUUACACUGGUUCCCAUUCAUUCACUCACAAUGGUAGCAGAGCUGCCAUGCAAGGUGCUAACAUGCCAUGGUGAGCAACUUGGGGUUCAGUGUCUUGCCCAAGGACACUUCGUCACGUGGGCCGGGAAUAGAACCGCCAACCCUACGAUUAGCGGACAACUUGCUCUACCACCUGAGCCACAGCCACCCACGAAGUACUGGAACAGUACUUGGAUUUGUACUUCAAAAAAAAGAAGUGCAUGUACAUGAAGUGCUUGUGUGACAUGUUCAGUUCUUGUUUAAUUAUGAUAAUAAGGUAUGUAAAGUGGUCCCAUUAAUUCAGGAAAAUUUGUUGUAUUUGUAGUGAUGAGGAAUGUGUUCAACUUAGCAGUUUAACUAGCAUUCGUUUAAAGCUAAUAUUCAUUUAAUGCACAGGGCUGUUUGUACCUCUCCCUGUUGUGUUUGCAUUUUGCAUGGCUAUGGGAAAACAGACUCACCUGAUGAUAUCAGGUAGCCACACCUACUCUACAGGUGUAGCCAAAGAAAGCUCUGUUACGCCUUAACAGGUUGCCAUGCUACGUUAAAGGAACAAACCAUUGUGGAUUCUAAAGAGGGGGGGUGUUUGAAUUUAAAUUUAGCUAGGGAACUGCUUCCUUGUUUGUAAUAUAUCUGCUAUGCAAGUCUUAGCACUUGAAAUACUUGUUGAAAUGUUUUGUGCAUUACUUUUUAGUCACUGAAUUAGAUUUUACUAAAAUAAUUUGAGAUUAUAUGUACUGCUCCCCUUAGAUUCUUAGUUAGGUAAAUGGUAGUGGCCUGCAUUGGUGUCAUAGCCUGUUGGCAGGUGUGGGUAUUGGGCAGUGUUUUGUGUGUAUCUGUGAGGCUAGUUACACUGAGGAAAAUAAAUGGACAAACAUGACGACAGUCUUGAUGCAGACUCAGGACCUCCGGCCGAGUGGCCUGGCUUAGUACUACUAGGCUGUUAAGACCAUGGAAUUGCCUCCUGACAACUCAGCUGAGGAAAACUAUGAGUAUGACUCGUCUGAAGUUCAGGAUUAUUCAGCUCUGUCUAGCUUCACCAAUUUAAACUGCGCUGAUGAUAAAUGGGAAGAUGGGGAACCUUAUACUUUGGAAGAAGUUAUGUGUGCUGAAAGAGUGGGCCAGAUGACUAAGACAUACAAUGACAUAGAUGCUGUUACACGUUUGCUUGAAGAGAAAGAACGAGACUUAGAGUUAGCAGCACGCAUAGGUCAGUCCCUGCUGAAGAAAAACAAAACCCUAAGUGAAAGAAAUGAGUUUCUGGAAGAGCAAGUGGAGCACAUACGGGAGGAGGUUUCUCAGCUACGUCAUGAUCUCUCUAUGAAGGAUGAACUGCUCCAGUUCUACACCAGUGCUGCUGAGGAGAGCGAGGGAGAGUCGGUCACCUCUACCCCGAUUCCACGGAAUGACUCCUCAUUGUCAGUGCCAAAUUACUUCCCUCUGGAUUCACUGCAGAAGAAGCUCAAAGACCUGGAGGACGAGAACAUUGUGCUGCGGUCUGAGGCGUGUCACUUGGAGACGGAGACUAUCUCGUAUGAGGAGAAGGAACAGCAGCUGGUUAAUGACUGUGUGAAAGAGCUCAGGGAUGCUAACCUACAGAUCUCGUCACUUGCGGAGGAGCUGGCGAAGAAGACAGAAGAUGCCUCCAGACAGCAGGAAGAGAUAACACACUUACUGUCUCAGAUAGUGGACCUUCAGAAAAAGGUUAAAUGUUACGCAGUAGAAAAUGAGGAGCUCACGCAGCACCUGGGAGCUGCUAAGGAUGCCCAGCGACAACUCACUGCUGAGUUACAGGAGCUGGAGGAUAAGUAUGCAGAGUGUAUGGAGAUGCUGCAUGAAGCCCAAGAGGAGUUGAAGAACUUCAGGAACAAGACGGUGCCUCAAAGCACACCGCGCCGCUUUCAUUCCCUCGGCUUUUUCCCCAUGGACUCCUUAGCUGCUGAAAUUGAAGGGACCAUGAGGAAAGAGAUUCAGAUGUCUGACCCGGAAGUCGAAGAUCAGAGAUUACACCCAAAGCGAGUCUUCCAAACAGUGCGCAACAUUAACCAGGUGGUUCGCCAGCGCUCACUCUGCCCCUCCCCCAUGAAUAUCCCAGGCUCCAAUCAAACAUCAUCCAUGAAUUCUAGGCACUCCAGCUGUAUGAGCACGCCCAGAUCCAGUGUUUAUGGGGGAGAAGGGAGUGUCAUGGACAACCGCACCAACAGCAUGUUGCUGGAGAGCCACACUCCUCAGGAUUCAGAAGACUCGAACAAGAAACCCGGUACUCCUGGCACACCUGGAUCUCAUGACCUGGAGGCAGCGCUACGGAGACUCUCGCUUCGCCGUGACAACUGUCUGAGCGAGCGGCGCUUUUUUGAGGAGGAGAGAGAACGCAAGCUGCUGGCACUAGCCAUGGAGAAGAGAGAGCCAUGUGGAGACAGUGAUGGAGAAGGAGGAGGCUCGCUCACCCAUUCAGACAGCAUCCUAUCUCUGGGCACUCUGCACUCGGUCUACUCUGUGUACAGCAGUCGCUCCUACCUGCCUGAGAAACUGCAGAUCGUCAAGCCUUUGGAAGGGUCAGCGACUCUGCAUGCAUGGCAGCAGCUGGCCCAGCCGAACCUCGGAGGCAUUCUGGAUGCUCGGCCGGGAGUAGUGACCAAGGGCUUCCGCCAUCUCCAGCUUGACCUUGAGGAGGUCUAUAAGUUCACAGACUUGGAGGAAGAUGAGCCAGGAGAUCAUCAGAUCUCUCAGCCCACUCUCUCUACCUCAGGCCUGGGCUCACUGCCCUGUUCACCAAGCUCCAACCUCCAUCGGCAGCGGGAACAGCGCCGAGGAGAGAGACGAGGGGCAGAGCCAGAGCUUCAGGAGAUGGGCGGAGAUGCACAGGAUGAGGAGGAGGAAAUGACCUCUGUUCAUUUUCCUGGUAAAUGUAUGUCUCACACAAAUUCUACCUACACCUUCACUACCUGCCGGAUACUCCACCCCUCUGAUGAGCUGACCAGAGUCACUCCCAGUGUGAUGGUAGCAGGUCCCUCCCUCGCCUCCUGUGUGAUGAGCAUCAGUAGCGUGCACUCUACUCCAGCAUCUACCCCCUGCACGCCACGCCGUCUCAGCCUGGCUGAGAGCUUCACUAAUCUGAGGGAGCACACCAAGACCACAAGCACCUCUCUGGGCCUGGUGCGCCUCCUACAGGAUAGUGGGAUUUCUGCAGCUGUCUACAACCCUCACAGCUGGGACCGGGCUGAGAGAACAUCUAACAAUUCACAAUCUGUUUCAAGAACAUUCCCCACUGCCCCAGGCCUAGACACCAUGCCCUCGACACCUCCAAACUCCCCCACCCAAUCCAAGCCCAGCAGCCUUGUGCUGCCUAUGGACUACAGUCCCUCUGACCCGCCUUACGAGAACUUCCUGGCUUCACGGCCCGCCAGUUCCAUUCUGAAGGAGAUGCGAGGAGCAGAGGCCAAGCUGUGCACGGAAUCCCAGUGCCAGACAGAGAUGAGCAUACACAAUCUACGGCUUUUGGACAAGGUGAAGCGUUUCAGACUCGGCCCAAGAGCUUUGACUCCAGGUCCUGGGCUCGGUUUAGCCACGCCUUCUUUUGGGACCCAACCUGGGCUACCCAGCCCCAUAGCAGGACUGACCGGGAUUCGGAGAAACCGGAGUUAUCCGGUUAUGGUAGGGGCCAGUAUGGCGAUGAAGGGACUGGGGCCACCUACUGAAGACUUGCUCCUACCCCCCAAACCUAGACAGGCUAGCCUCAGUGAGGAGUGAGCAUUGCUUCUCUGUCAGUCAUCCUCUGUAUAUACACUUAAUAAAAUACAUUAUUCUCAUGACACAUCGACUGUGCCUAUAAAAGAGAUUUGUAUAGAUUUUGUAUAGCAGCUGUAACUGUAAUACCAUUUUAUUACUAUUAUUUUGUCAUGCAUACAGUGCAAUUCAGCCAGAGAGACCACAGCAUGUCUUUGAUUCUUUCAUCCCUGUACUGUGUAAUUUGUGGAAUAAUUGCACUUCUGCAUUACAAGAAAAUGUAGCAUAAGGCCUGUUUGUAAGCACUUUUUUGAUAUUGACUACUUUGGCAUAACUGUGCUAAAAGACCAUAUCCCUGUAAUCUUGUGUGGUUAAUAUGAUCUUCCUGAACUCAAAGCUCCUCUGGUUGGCAUUUUGUAUGAAAAUCUGAAACACUAAUAACAUCCUUAUACUAGUCCUAGACAGAACAAUAGUGUGUUAGCGCCCCAGUUAAUGUGACUAAUUGCAAUCCUUUCUGUGCCCUCAAAACAAUCUCAUAUUAAAUUAUUAAUACCCUUUUAAAGAAAAAAGCAAUUUUGCUUGCCCACAUCAUUAUCCAUGUAAAUGCCUACAACAUCCCUAUAUAGCUGUGUAUUCACAGAAUAUGAAAUCAAAUAGUUUGUUGUAUAAUGCUUAUUACAGUGUAAUAAACAUAUGAAUAGCCCUUUAAAAUGGGCACUGUUAGGAAAUCUGUAGUAGCACAAAUAAGGGCACACACUGUACUGUAAUUUGUCCAGAGUUGUCAUGAAGAGCUGUAAGGAAUCCGAGAUUUGGGGGGUAACCAAUGUAUUUCUAAGUGUGUGUUAAGUAAAUGCAAUCGAUUAACGACGUAUAAAAUACUCAAAGGCAGUAUAGUUACAACCUCUUGGAUAAUAAGAGUCCAGUGCUUCUGAUGGAAACAGUGCAACUCUGCAGAUGUUUUGGAAGACUCUGACCAGUAUUGUUUUAUUUAAAAGCUGUAAAGUGUGUGUGUGUGUGUUUUUGCUGAGAGGUCAUUGCUCUCUAAAGACUGAACUGUAAGCUUUAAUUACAUUGUGUGAGUCUGUCCUUUUGACAGCGUUAUCAUAGUGCCUGAUGUCAAUAAUUUUAUUAUUCAACCCUAUUUUGAGUGACUUUUUCAUUCUGAAGACUUUGCCUCAGUAAACAUUAGUGUUAACACUGUAAUUAAGGUGUUGGUGUCACCCUAACAGGAGCGUUUUUAAUUUUGUAAUGCGGUGCUGAAUAUAUGAAGGAUGUUUUAAUUCUCCAGAAAUGAUGUCUAGAAAUGUUGUCUAGUUUUCUAGAAAGCACAUACAGCCAUUCAUUUGGGUCAGAACUUUUUUUUUUUUCUUCCCUAAUCAUGUUCUUAGUUGCGCCAAAAGGUUUUCUGUUUAAAGAGGUGUAUGCACAUAACCUUGACUUGAACAUGUUCGUGUUGAAUGUAUUGCAGGAUCACGGAGGUGUCAUACGUGACUUAACGUUCAUUGCAGUUACGAGUUUUAUUCUCUCAGACUGCAUAAAGGGAAGAUUUGCCACUUGUACACUGUAAAUUGUAAAGAUAGAAAUAUGUUUUUAUACAAAAUAUCAUAAAUUACUGAAUAAAUGGAGGAAUGUGAGAGAAAGUGUCAGAAAAAUCCUGAUUUGUUUUCAGGAAUUUCGAAUACAGAAAAGCUCAUAAAUAAAUAAAUAAAUAAAU